ACGGAAAUAGUGGUUAAACUGCGCCCAAAACUCUCCGUUAUUAACAACGUACAUUACCGGCGGCCGCCCCGGUACGAUCUAGAGCGACUGAAGCAACCGGAUGUCGCCACCGCAUACGCGCAGAAUCUCGAGGCAGCGUUGCCGGACGAGGGUGUGCUUGAUGUGGCCCCUCUAGAGGACUGCUGGAGUACAGUCAAAGCAGCCAUCAACAACGCAGCCGAGAGCACUAUCGGGUACGUGGAACGGAAUCGACGAAACGAUUGGUUCGACGAGGAGUGCAGAGCGGUUCUGGAGGAGAAGGAUGCAGCGCGGGCGGUAAUGCUGCAGCAUGGAACCCGACAGAAUGUGGAGCGAUACAGACAGAAGCGGAAGCAGCAGACCCGUCUCUUCCGGGAGAAAAAGCGCCGCCUGGAAGAAGCGGAGUGCGAGGAAAUGGAACUGCUGUGCCGUUCACAGGAAACACGCAAGUUCUACAAGAAGCUCAACGCAUCCCGCAAAGGCUACGUGCCGCAAGCCGAAAUCUGCAAAGAUAAGGACGGGAGCCUUCUGACGGACAAACGUGAGGUGAUCGAAAGGUGGAAGCAGCACUUCGACGAGCACCUGAAUGGCGAAGAGAAUGUAGGCACGGAUGACCAAGGCAGCGGAGGAAAUGACUAUGUUGGUGCAGCAAAGGACGGGAACGAACCAACUCCCACGCUGAGGGAAGUUAAGGAUGCCAUCCACCAGCUCAAAACAACAAAGCGGCUGGUAAGGACGGUAUCGCAGCAGAACUCAUCAAGAUGGGCCCGGAAAAGUUGGCCACCUGUCUGCACCAGUUAGUAGUCAAGAUCUGGGAAACCGAACAGCUACCGGAGGAGUGGAAGGAAGGGAUAAUCUGUCCCAUCCACAAGAAAGGCGACAAGUUAAUGUGUGAGAACUUUCGAGCGAUCACCAUUUUGAAUGCCGCCUACAAAGUGCUAUCCCAGAUCAUCUUCCGUCGUCUUUCACCUAAAGUAAAUGAGUUCGUGGGAAGUUACCAAGCCGGUUUCAUCGACGGCCGGUCGACAACGGACCAGAUCUUCACCGUACGGCAAAUCCUCCAGAAAUGCCGUGAAUACCAGGUCCCAACGCAUCACCUGUUCAUCGACUUCAAAGCGGCAUACGACAGUAUCGACCGCACAGAGCUAUGGAAAAUUAUGGACGAGAACAGCUUUCCCGGGAAGCUGACUAGACUGAUAAGAGCAACGAUGGACGGUGUGCAGAGCAGCGUAAGGAUUUCGGGUGAACACGACAAGGUGAUGGACUUUCCUGCCUACUAUUCAACAUCGCCCUGGAAGGUGUUAUGCGACGAGUCGGGCUCAACAGCCGGGGUACGAUCUUCACGAAAUCCAGCCAAUUUGUCUGUUUUGCGGAUGACAUGGAUAUUAUUGCUAGAACAUUUGGAACGGUGGCAGAACAGUACACCCGCCUGAAACGUGAAGCAGCAAAGGUCGGACUGGUGGUGAAUGCGGCUAAGACAAAGUACAUGCUGGUAGGUGGAACUGAGCGAGACAGGACAAGCCUUGGCAGCAAUGUUACGAUAGACGGGGAUACUUUCGAGGUGGUAGAAGAAUUCGUCUACCUCGGUUCCUUGCUAACGGCUGACAAUAACGUGAGCCGUGAAAUACGAAGGCGCAUCAUCAGUGGAAGUUGUGCCUACUAUGGGCUCCAGAAGAAACUGCGGUCAAAAAAGAUUCACCCCCGCACCAAAUGUACCAUGUACAAGACGUUAAUAAGACCGGUGGUUCUCUACGGACACGAGACAUGGACGAUGCUCGAGGAGGACCUGCAAGCACUCGGAGUUUUUGAGCGACGGGUGCUAAGGACGAUCUUCGGCGGCGUGCAGGAGAACGGUGUGUGGCGGAGAAGGAUGAACCACGAGCUCGCUGCACUUUACGGCGAACCCAGCAUCCAGAAAGUGGCCAAAGCCGGAAGGAUACGAUGGGCAGGGCAUGUUGCAAGAAUGCCGGACAACAACCCUGCAAAGUUGGUGUUUGCUAACCAUGCGGUUGGUACAAGAAGGCGUGGAACGCAGAGAGCACGAUGGGCGGACCAGGUGGAGCGUGAUCUGGCGAGUGUUGGGCGUGAUCGACGUUGGAGAGCUGCAGCUGCAAAUCGAGUAUUAUGGCGGCAAAUUGUUGAUUCAGUAUUAUCAUGAAUUUGAUGUUAACUAAAUAAAUGAAAUGAAAUAGACGGAAAUAGAAUUUAAGGGACAAUUAAUCGAUUUUAUAAUUUUAAGGAAAUGGUAGUUAUUUUACAAUAUGUUUUACAUGAUAUGAAAGCUAAGUCAUGAAUUGGUCAUUGAAACCAAACUGGCCAUAAGACCAUAAGAAAAAACUCGAUCAUUAUUGAUCGGUGCUUAGUAUAACGAGAAUUAGAUAAAAACCCUAUUUUUAACAUUUUUUUCGUUCACAUUUCGCGUGUCAUUAUGAACAUGAAUUAGAGUGGGCGUUUUACGUGUUCAUAAUUUCUACUAGUUGUGUUACCACGAGAAUCCAAUCCAUUCAAAUCCGAGUGUGAAAUCAAGUGGCCGAUCCAAUUCACCGUUUUCACUAGUAUUGCCACGAAUUUCAUCUCCUGUUCCACGUCACGAACUUAUCGAACUCCCAUAAAUAGGCUUUCGAAUUCGUUGCAAAGCUCCAAAGAAAAUAAACAAGCGAAUGUCCAACAGUAACCAAAACGACAGUCUUCCAAUCUACGUUGACUGACGUCAAAUCGUCGAAAUCGAAAUCGAAAAAUCGUCAACGGCAAAUCGUUUAUUAAUUGUCACGGUGUGCUGCUACCGGUGGCGCUGCACUGCUGCCCGUGCGUUGUCAAUCGGAGUGAAUGUAGUAGGAACGUUCCACGUUCGCAAUUCCCAAUGAUUGCGAAAGACAUCAACAACGCCCAACAGUAGCAGCAGCAGCCAGCCAGACAGCAAUCGGACAAUAAUCACCUCUGCUCUAUCCGUACGUCAAAAUAACCGAAAACGUUGUUGGUGGCUUGUCCGGCGCUCCGGCCGGACACUCGAUUUCCACCUUUUUCUAUGUAUUUUUCUAGAUCCAAAUCGGCAGCCAAAGGAGCAAUAUUCGACGAUUCGACCGAUGACCUGACCACCCGCGCAACAGUUCGACACACAUUUGAAAGUGAAUAACGAUGCGAUAAUUUUCGCGGGAGUUUUAUUCGUUGGAGUGGAAUCCACUUCCGAGAGUGCGAUUUUAUGAUUUGAUACCGGGGGCGGGCGUCGGUACUGUCCGUUGGUUUAGAUUCCUAAGAGGAAGUUUACAAGUGCAAAGUGAUUAAAGCGGGAGGGAGAGCGGCAGCUCUCAAAAGAAAAGCGAUUCGAUAGGAGUGGGUCGCGCGAUCGAAACCGGUGCAAUUUCAUGCUGAACGAUCUCGGCGAGUGUUUUCCAAUCAGUGUUUGGAUGGUUUUGUGUAAUCGAUUCGAAUUUUAUUUGCCGGAAUCCACGGAGGAAAGUGUUCGGUACCGUGAGAUGUGAUGGUCUGUUUUGGCGAAGGGAAAUUAUCGCCGAUGCCAACAACAUCAACGACGACCUUGGAGAAAGUUUUCGUGUGAAAAUUUCUACCGGAUACCGCGCAGAAGAAAGAGCAAUCAAACGACCGGAAGAAUAGUAACUAGUGAUAGUGAUAGUGGAAGCAGCAAUAGCAGCAGAAGCAGAAACCCAGCAGGCUCGGUAGCGAGAUGCUACGCUCGCCGGCCCAUCUCAUAGGGCACGGGCCGACCGGGGCCGGGGCGGGCGGUGUCAUGAGUUUGCACAGCCAUGCGUCUUCGCCGCCGCACGCCCGGACGUCGCUGUUCGAUUCCUGCCACCGGAAAAUACGGCUGAUCGGCGGAGGACCGGUGGCGUUCCUCGGAGGAUUAGUAGCGUAAGUGUCACCACCCGCGCUCAAGACAACGCGCUGUCGCCCAUGUAUAAUUACUUCAAUCCAAUUGUCUUGACUGGGGAAGAACCUAUCGACCGACCAGAAGUCAGCAGGCUGUCAGCAGCAAUUAACUUCUGGGCUGGGGCUAGGUUCCUGAAGCUGUGGCCAGCACCCUUUUACGGCGCGACUUGCAUCAUACGAUUUGUACGAUUAGAUACGGUAGGCGCCAGCAACCGGUUUCGGAAUUGUUAGCGAAUAAUUAAAAUGAAUUCUGUUUGCGUUACUUGAUGGAUUAAAUGUCUUUGCUGAUCGUGGAACUUGUGGAUCUCGGAGACGUGACGUUUCUAGAAACGCACUUAAGGAUUCCUCCAGAAAUUUUACUAGAAUUUUCCCCAAGGAUUACUUUAGGAAGUCUUCCAUGGAUUUCCCCAGCGAUACUUACAAAAAUUCCUAUACGGAUUCCUUCAUGAACUAAUCCAGGGGUUUCACCAGGAAUUCCUCCAGAAAAUCCUUCAUGAUUUCUUCCAGGGAUUGCUGCAGAAAUUCCUAAAGAGAUUCCUCCAGGAACUUCUACAAGGAUUAAUCCAAGUAUUCCAACGCGGAUUUUUUUCGAGAUUUUUUAUAGGCAUUGUUCAAGAAAUUCUGACCGAGAUUUCUGUAGGGGUUCCUUAAGAAAUUUCGUCUACGGAUUUUUGCAAGGCUACCUCUUGGAAUCUGACCAGAAGGGAAUUUCAAAAUUAUUACAGGUUGCGCUAUUUUAUUACAACGAUUCUUGUAACAACGGUUGCAAUAAAAGAUGUACCGGUAAUAGUUAAAAUAACAAAAAAUACAACAAAAAUGGAGAGAUUGAAACAAAAAUAUAACAAAUUGUGAUAUGAUUAUAACAAGAUUAUAUCAUUUUUUCCCGAUUGAACUUGCUUGAAAAUAACAAGAUAAUAACAAGCUUUGUUAUUCGUUGCAAAUCAAAAUUAUUAUAAGUUUUGUUAUAAACCCCAUGACACGAGUGACCAAAAUAACAAAAUUUAUCAAACUUUUUCGCAACAGUACCAAAAAUAUAUCAAAUUUCAAUAUAAUUUCGUUACAGAAUUUGAAAUACAGUAUGUAUUACUGUAAAUGUGUUACGAAGUAAUGUUAGAGGCAGUAACAUUAAUGUGCAUAAUAUAACAAAUGUUGUUACACAUCUGUUUGUUAUAUGUACGUUUGUUUAUGGAAGAAUCCGUACAACAAAAUUAUAUCAACUUCUGGUAUUUCUCACAACAGUUGUUAUAAUUUUAUUCCAAUUUUGUUACACUCCCGAUCAAAAGUUUGGGGUCACCUAGGGGGUCACCCUCUCAAAAACAAGAUUAAUCUAGGUCUCAUUCGAUCAACGAUCAAACGAUCAUAAAGAUAAAAAGUAAAAGAUACUUAAGGCGAAACUGGAAGCAUUUCCUCAUUUUUUUGGUUUUUGAUUUUUUAUUAAAUAACGAAGCAAUAUUUUCAAAAUCGGUUUUCGUGCACAUGUAGAGUAUGGAUCAAGGUAUCAUCUGAAUU